AUGCGCCGUGACAGCGACGAGUUCGCCGAAUGUGUGGGUGACACGACGGGUCGGCUCUCGUUUCCUGGGCUAUCACCUAUGGUCAUCCACAGCAAGCAUAAAGUUUCUGUGCAGCUGCUCCGCCGGGUGGUACAAGGGCGCUCUCCAGCAGGUCCAAAUAAUACGCAGGAUGGUGAUAGUUCACCCUCAACCGUUGAAGAGGUGAAGGUCUAUGCCCCGCACAGCCUUCCUGCAGAAGACCAGGAGUGGUUCGAGAGGAACUUAGAAAGCUUCUCGUGGUCAUUGUCGGAGGACGGGGAACAUGACUUGCUCACACUUUGCUUCGUGUCUGUGUGA